AUGGGUGACGCUGGUCUAUCCGAGAUACAAGUUGCAAGGAGAUUCUGCAACAGUAAACAAGAUGUCUGGUCCCUCAUCAACGAACUUGCCGCAGCGUCUCCUGUGCCUGUUGUGAACAUGAGCCAGGGAUUCUUUGGUUACAACCCACCUCAAUUCAUCAGAGAUGCCGUAAAGGUAGCCAUAGAUCAAUUCGAAUGCAACCAGUAUGCUCCCACUAAGGGACGCCUGCGACUUCGACAAGCAUUGUCAAACACUUAUACUCCAUUCUGGGGUAGAGAGCUAGAUGCUGCUUCAGAAAUAUGCAUCACCACUGGAGCUAAUGAGGGGAUGCUGAGUGUCUUCAUGGCUUUUUUGAACCCUGGUGACGAAGUCAUUCUGUUUGAGCCAUACUUUGACCAGUACUUGGAUGACAUUAAGAUGACUGGUGCUUCAUUCAAAUGUGUUCCAUUGCAUCCACCAAUCAAGGGUGAAACAGAUAUCUGCUCUUCAUCUGAAUGGACAAUCGAUUUUCAGCAGUUAGAAGAAGCAAUCCAUCCACGGACAAAGAUGCUUAUUGUUAAUAGCCCGCACAAUCCAACGGGCAAAGUGUUUUCGGAAGUAGAACUUCAACGUAUUGGAGAUCUAUGCGUCCAACACAAUAUCAUCAUAGUGAGUGAUGAGGUUUACGACCGCCUGGACUACGUUCCUUUCACGCAUAUCGCAACCAUGAGUCCCGAGAUUGAACGUUUAACCUUUACUGUCGGAUCGGUAGGAAAGGAUUUCUACUGUACCGGUUGGCGUAUUGGAUGGGUGAUUGGGCCUGCCCAUUUGAUAGACUAUGUUUCCGUCGCUCAUCUUCGCAUUUGCUACUGCACGCCAAAUCCUCUACAGGAAGCAGCUGCGGUUGCCUAUGAGCAGGCAUUAAUCAACGAGUUCUGGCUAAAAACUCGAAACGAUAUGAGAUCCAAGAUUGACCGCUUCUGUGAAGUGUUCAAAGAACUUGGUAUCCCGUAUUCUGAUCCCCAGGGGGGGUAUUUCGUGCUUGCAAACAUGGCCAAAGUGCCGAUCCCAGAAAAUUAUCCUUUCCCUGCUAAGUUACUCGGUCGCCGACGGGAUUUUUACUUGGCAUAUUUCUUGAUCAUGGAAUUUGGGGUUGCAUCCAUUCCACCGUCAGCGUUCUAUUCACCCGAGAACGAGCAUUUGGGGCAAGACUACCUGAGGUUCUCCGUCUGCAAGGAUGAUGAUGUAUUAGAAGCGGCCAAGGCAAGACUGAGAAAUCUGAGAGCUUACAUUCGGGAUUGA